AUGGACAGAUUGCUGCAUGGACAGAUUGCUUCAAAAAUGUAUGGACAUAUUGCUUCAAAAAUAAUUAAAACUGCAUUCAUCAUUCAAGAAGCAAUUCUCAAAUAAUUUCUGAUGAGAAACUGGAAGUGUUUAUUUUGCCUAAAAGGUACCUUGAAAUUUGGUAAAAUCCACAGGAUACCAGUUUCUCUAAAAUAUUAAACAACAUUUGUCUCCUCUCAAUACAGAUAUUUUUAUGUUGUUUAUAUUUUGUCAUAUAAUGCUUUAUCAUUGACCAUGUUAAUCUUUAUGCAGUGAGUCUGUCAUUUGGCCACUGAAAAUGGCAAUUGAAAAUUUGCUAUUAUGGCAAAAAAAGUCCACAUUGUUGAGGUUACACAUAGGACUUGAUGUACAUCAAACUGUCUAGUUGUUUUAUAACCAGUUCAUAAAACACUUCCAAAAUUGCAACCUAUGAAUUCAAAUUGUGUUUUAAUUAAAUCUUACAUCUUUAUGUGCAAGUCGUCUUUAUAUAUACAUGGUGUAUAACAAAAAUCCAGACCUUUAGAAAUCAAGAUAUUGUUGGAAUUUAGAAAGUUCUGGGCACUUUUUUAUACACCCUUUAUAUGAAUAUAUGUUGUCAAUAUACAGUAUAUAUAAUAUAUAUAUAUUCUUUUGUUAGGAAUUCAUUUAGACCUGCAUAUGGCAAGCUUGAUGUUCUUGUCAGCAUUUUCCCUGAAAUACCUCACCUUGCUACAACAGCUACUGCCACAUUGAAAUCACAAAAGGAAAUAUGUGAUCGUUUGCAGAUUAUUGAUCCUGUAGUUAUAUCAGUUAACCCUGACCGUAGCAAUAUUUUCUUGGAAUCAAAAAAAAGGCCUGCAACAGGUGAAGAUAAACUACAUCCUAUUUUAGAGCCAUUAUGCAAGGAGUUACUUGAGAAGAAAAUCAACAUGCCUCUAACCUUAGUAUAUGGUACACUGAACAUUUGUGCAGAAAGUUUUCUGUUCUUUGCUAAUAUGCUUGGAAAGAAGCAAUAUUUUCCAUUGGGUGCACCUCCAAAAAGUGAGAACAGACUGUUUAGUCAGUACCAUGCUGAAUAUCCGCAGCAUGAAAAGGAGAGAUUAAUAAAUGGACUUAUUAAUAAUAUGUGCAAAGCUCGAGUUCUGUUUGUCACAGUAGCAUUUGGUAUUGGUGUCGACUUACCUUCUAUAAGGCAAGUCAUUCACAUUGGUGUGCCACGAACUAUGGAAGAGUACUUCCAAGAAGUUGGUCGUGCAGGUCGAGAUGGUCUACCAGCUGUUGCGACAAUCUACUAUAACAGUUACGAUGUACGAUCAGGUGACAAUGCUGUUGAUGCAGUAAUGAAGGAACUUGUGUCUGGCAAAAGUUGCAAGAGGAUGUUAAUUCUGAACUAUUUUGGCCAUCAAUUAACCCGAGCAAAUACGAACAUAAUCCAUGCAUGUUGUGACAAUGAUGCUGCUAAAUGUGAUUGUGAUGAAUGUCUUGGAAGUGUCCUUUUACUUCAGUUGCAAAAUACAACUGUGCAAGAAACAGUUAUACCCGAAAAUUGUGCAGAAGUUAUGGAGCUGCUGUCUAUAGACAGUGAACAAAAGAACGAAAUACGUAAAGCUCUUGAGGAACACAUGGAAAUGUUGUACUUUGGUCCAUCAUGUGUUGGGGGUAUGUCUCUGGCUACCGGCUUUACACCAGACUUGAUUGCUAAGGCUAUAGAACAGUGUGAACAUUUGGUAUCAAUUGAAGCUGCCGAACACCUUUUACCUGUUUUCAGCAGAGAAAAUGCAACAGUUAUUUUUAAUAUUGUUAAAACAUUUUCAUCAUGA